UUAAUUAAAUUUAUAUACAUAUUUGCAUAUAAAACAAAAAAUAUAUUUGAAAAAGAAAUUUCGAAAUUUUUAUUCAGACAAAGUGUCUGCUGGUGGUCAACCUUAUAUAAUACGUGAUAAUUGUUAUCCAUGCUGUGAAAAGAUAAUAAUGGUAAAAUCACAGAAAAAUUCUCAGCGCAAUAGUCGUGCCGGCUCGCCAAAUUCAUCCUCGACGCCUAGUAAUCAACCACGUAAACGUUUUAAACGUUGUUGUCGCAAUUUUGUAACAUUUAUGUGCACUCAAGUCGGUGUCGGCGCGUUAAUCGUAUUUUAUGCCAUUUGCGGUGCCCUAUCAUUCCAAUAUAUCGAAUGCCAAUAUAAGGAUAAAACCGCCGCGGAAAUGAUAGAGCUACGGCACAGUUGUUCACAAGAAUUAUGGAUUAUUACCGAAAAAUUCAAUACAUUCGAUAAACCGCAAUGGGUUAAUGAUACAGAUAUGGUAUUGCGGCAAUAUCAAUUGCAACUUGUUGCCCUUAUUAAACGAGGCUAUGGUGGUAGAACACCGCAACAAAUUUGGUCUUUUCCCGCUGCCCUAAUGUUUUGUCUAUCGGUCAUUACAAUGAUAGGUUAUGGCAAUAUGGUACCACGUACGCCAUGGGGUAAAGGUUUCACAGUUAUUUACGCAACAUUUGGUAUACCAUUGUAUAUAUUGUAUUUUCUGAAUAUGGGCAAAGUGUUGGCGCGUUCCUUCAAAUUCCUUUAUCGCAGUUUGCACGAAUGCACACAAGAUCGUUCAAUCGAUAAUCGUUUGGAUGCGUUAGAAAGUGGCAUGCAGCGCAAGAAAAUCAUUGUGCCAUCGACGGCUUGCUUAUGGGUUAUUAUAUUUUACAUAUUAACCGGUACGAUAAUGUUUGCCAAUUGGGAGAAAUGGUCGUUUUUAAAUUCGUUUUAUUUUUGCAUGACUUCGUUGUGUAAAAUUGGUUUCGGUGAUUUUGUACCGGGCGCUUCGUUAGUUACGCCAUCCGAUAUUAACGCUGCAACGCAAAAAAUGAAAGAAGAUUCCACAGCCGAUCUAAACGAAGUUUCCGAAUUGCAAUUGAUUACCGAUCAGAAUUCGAAAUUGGCGAUUAAUUUUAUUUAUAUGCUGAUUGGUAUGGGCUUAGUAGCCAUGUGUUAUAAUCUAAUGCGUGAAGAGGUGCGUGUUAAACUUAAAGAAAUGAAAGAAGACACUAAACUAUGUUUAGAAGAUACUCGUACACGAUUCGUAGGUUGUUGUGGUCAACGGAAUUCCCGUGAAGAUGAUUACUAUUAAUAACAAGUGUUAGAGAAGUUUUUUUUUUUUUUUUUUCCAU